ACCCCGUGGUGCGUUUGUGAAAUGAAAAGAUUUGGUUUUUCUUGUUCCGUUGUUGCACAGUUUGACACGAGGUAAAACUUUGUAAAUGCAGCUGGGAAAGAUACUCAUUAGAGUGGCCUGUGAAAGUACAAUAAUUGUGGAUAGCAAAAGAAAAGAGUAUAAAGGUUAGUUAAUUAGGGAGCUGGCUGUUACAGCGUAUGCUCUAUGACUUAAUACAUAUUAGUCACGUAUAUGCAAAUAUGUCCUGCACUGUUCAUAGCAGGAAGGUAUGUGUGAAAAGGGCUCUGUGUAUACAUCAUUCAACACAAAAAGAAAAUUAACUGGAUCAAAUGAGCUUGAUACAGCCAAGACCUGAACUGAAUUCUGUGCUGCUUCUCUUCUAUUAAAUGUGUACUUUUCAUCCUAGCAAAACUUAAAAUAGCUCCAGUUCACUGAAGAUUCAAAUUCAUUGUGUGGCACACAACUUAAAAAAUACAAAUAAAAAAAAAUCAAUAGCCCUGUUGUGUAGAAUCAAAGUCUCUCUUUUCUUCUAGUCAUAAAGCCACUGUGCCUGGCAUUCACUACAAGAUAUUCUGCAUCAUCAUUCUGUCUCAUCAAUGCUCCAGUGGUUAAACCCUUUAUAUAAUGAUGCAGUAUUGUCUCGAAAGGUUGGAUGGACUUGUAUUAUACAGUGAUGAUGAAAUAGGAACCACCUGAUUUAUUUCUAAAGCUUUCCUGCCAAGGCUUUAAGAGUACUUCACAUCUCAUCUCCAUUUAUAUUAUCAACAGGAACGUACAAGUCUUGGGAAAAAACACCAAGUGCACUAUUCACUGCAGUUAGGAUCAAACUGCUGUUAGAGGCCUACAGUUAGUAUUUAGAUUUUUUCUGCCUCAGUAUGCUAAUUGAAGAGUUUUCACAUUAAUUCGGGAAUUUAACAAAAAUAUAUGAAAAAAACACUCAUUCCAAAACAGACUACACAAUAGUGUAAUAAAGUGUCCCUGCUCACUGAUCUCAGUGGACCUGCUAAAGGUUUCACUUCUUUCUUUCAUACUUUUUAAAAUUUUUAACACAUUAUCUAUGUUUAUGUGAUAUUGUUGAGACAUUACAAAAUAUAUCAAAAUGACACGUUUUACAAUUAAAACACAUUAAAUGAAACAAAUAACAUAAUUACAAAAAUAAGCGCAUUAGGGACACAGUUAUUUAGCUUUUAAUCUGAAAGGGAAACAAAGUGAUACAUUGAGUUCAAAAACGGGCCUUUAAAGACGGACCUCAACCAAAACAUACGGUUAACUUUCAAAAUAAAAGCAAAACAAAAUCAUCCGCACUAGAAAUGCACAAUAAAGUUGACGGUGCCUCUUUGUGAAAACGUGAAGUUGAGCUGACAAUUAGGCAGAUAAUACUCCGAGAAGCUCCCGCAUUCUACGAACACGUUUCUUCUUUAAAUCUCCGCUAACAGCGUAACUGUACGUCAGUUACGCGGGUUUGGAGCUCGCGCGUAGUCGACGCACGUACGUAGAGCUGGAACAGAAAUUAAGCGAACUGUCCAAGAAACACUGAAGAAAAACGUUUUCUUUUGUUUCGUUCACUCAAUUCUGACAACAGCCCCGCUUAAACACCGUCAGGAGGGACAGAGAGUCUCCGUCUCUUUACAUCCAGCUGCUGUUUGGUGGCCUGCGUUAUUCCACAGAACAGCAGCAGAUGAAAGAAGCAAUGCCUGAAAAACAUGUCUCACAAAGAAGAUAACGAGGAGAAGAGUCGCUGCCACCGCACUGAUUUGUAUGCCAGCAUCCCUCGAACAUGUCUGCCUAUUGUGUACCACCCAGACUACAACAUCACUUUUAUGGGCCUUGAAAAGCUUCAUCCGUUUGAUGCGGGGAAGUGGGGGAAAGUCAUCCGCUUCUUGAAAGAGGAGCAGUUUAUCAAUGAUGGGAACCUUGUGGAGGCCCGUGAAGCUGCUGAGGAGGAUCUGCUGGUCGUUCACACCAAACGCUACCUCAACAGAUUAAAGUGGUCUCUGGUGGUGGCAACCAUCACAGAAAUUCCACCUCUCCUGUUUCUGCCUAAUUUCCUGGUGCAGCGGAAGGUGCUAAGGCCUUUGCGGACCCAGACAGGGGGAACAAUAAUGGCAGGAAAACUUGCUGUUGAGCGCGGAUGGGCCAUAAACGUAGGAGGAGGCUUCCACCACUGCUCCAGCGACAGAGGAGGUGGAUUUUGUGCCUAUGCUGACAUCACUUUGGCCAUCAAGUUUCUGUUUGAGAGAGUCGAAGGAAUCUCCAGGGUGACCAUCAUCGAUCUGGAUGCUCAUCAGGGAAAUGGACACGAGCGUGACUUUUUGGACGACAGGCGAGUGUUCAUCAUGGAUAUGUAUAAUCGCUACAUUUAUCCUGGAGACGAAUAUGCCAAAAGAGCAAUAAAAAGGAAGGUGGAGCUGGACUGGGGCACUGAAGACUCAGAGUACCUUCAGAAGGUUGAGCUCCACAUGGAGGGAACACUGAAUGAGGUCUUGCCUGAUAUCAUCGUUUAUAAUGCAGGGACAGACAUCUUGGAUGGGGACCCACUUGGAGGACUCUCAAUAUCACCACAGGGCAUUAUAAAGAGAGAUGAGCUUGUGUUCAGGGCUGCGAAGCGUCGGGGGAUCCCUGUACUCAUGGUGACAUCUGGAGGAUAUCAGAAGAAAACAGCCCGCAUAAUCGCCGACUCCAUCCUCAACCUGCACCGGCAAGGUCUGAUAGAAGGCGACGCCGCGGAAGGAGAGGGAUCGUCACCGCUGACGACCCACAUGACGUCCACCUCUGGAUCAGCGGGGUCAACAUCCACAGCUGUCUGAGGAGCCUUAAUCCUGGAGCUAACACUAACAUACCUGACUUUAAAGCACUAAGUAACUUUAUAUUGUGCUGUGAUCGUGUGACAGCUGUUGUAACAUUCAACACUUGUCUAAACUCAGAUUAUGUAACAAGAAAUUUGCACAUGUACAACUUUAAUAUUCAUAAGCUUUGGUAACAUUUUCACAUUUGUUAUGCGCAGGUUGACACAUACUCAAAGGGAAUAAUCAUUCAGAGGGAAAAAGCUGUCUUUAAACAACCGUGUUUUCACAGCUACGACUUUCAUAUGGAACAAAAGAGCUUUUUAAAUGUUUAAUCAGUAGGAGAGUUAUGGGUUUUAUGUGUAAUGUGUGAUCAGGUCAGCAUUUUGGCUAGAGGUAAUCUUUAAUCUCAGGAAAUGCAAAACUAAUAAUAACGUAUGAAGCAUAUGCUAUAUUAAGGCUUGAUGUACUUAAAUAAUAUACUUCCAAUGUAUGUGUAAAUAAUGUCUCAAGUUAUAAUAUAAAUAUAAAACGUAUAUAAUAUAAAAACAAACAUAACCGCACAUGAAAGUGUAAUUAUCUUAAUCAGAAGUAAUCUUUGGGUGAAUCUUAACAUUGAAAGAAGAUCAAAUCUAUAUAUAUAAGUGACUAGUGUCUUAAUCGAGAUAAGAUAUUUGUGCUUUGAAUCCAAUCUAAUAUGUACAGUUAAUGUUUAAAGUUAUUACAGGUACUAAUUGUUCCUGUAAUUGAAAAGAUUUGAGACACUAAAACCUUUGACUGAACACUUUAACUGCUCAAGAAACUCAAGUCCGCCAACAUUUUACACUCCUGAAAUUCAGUCUGCUCGUUCCAGCGUUUUUUCCGCCAUGUCUAGAUUUAAGUCUAAAACCCAGAGUGUUCAGUGAUUAAUGAGAAAGCCUGUACAGUAGAGUUUCCAGUGGCUUUCACUUUUGAUUGGUUGUUUAUAGUUAGACACACAGCUUCCCUAAUGAUGUUUACACAUGCAGAAACUUUGUAAAAGGAGCCACAAAAACACUGAGAUCAAUAUGAUUAAUGCAGCAGCUGAACCAAUAUCACCGCUUCCAAAAGAUAGUAAAGGCAUCGUCCGACACAGACUGAAUACAAGCUGUGUGCUGAGGUGUAAUGAUCACUACGACAUUUUAUUAUAAAUCUCUGCCUAAAACAUGCACUAACUGAAGUCACAGUGCAUCACAAGCCUUUCUGUGAAAUACUGGCAUUGUCCUUCUUUGCUAAUAUAAGCUGAUAUCAAAUGCCAGGGCAUAGUGGUGGUCCCAGGUGAACCUACAUCAGUGUUGGCUGUGGAAUCAUUUAACAUUCAUUAUAUUUUGGGUGUGUCAUGUUUUUGGCAUUGCAAUGAUGUAUUUGUUCAUGUACAUAUAGGAGAAUUUAAAGUUGCUAUUUUUUUUCUAUUUUUUAUAUGUACAGUUUUGUGUGUGCGUGUGUGUGUCCAUCUACCCCAAAUCAAAAAACAAACAUCAAUGGAAAACAUUUUGUGAGCACUUUAUAAUUGGCCUUGCAGCUAUGAUGGCCACAUUGCAAAUACUGGUUAUCGCUGGUGCUGGCAUAGCUAAAGCUAGUUAACUACAUGUAUUUAAAACAUCAACAGACACAUGGCCAUAAACGCUGUGUGAACGUGAAAUCCACCCAAGCAUCCCUCUAUGGUAAACAACUUUUUUCACUUAGCAUUACAAAAAUGGCUUUUAACUUUUUACUUCUGCCAGGUCACUGGCAACCCAUCUGAGGCUGGUUUGGAAUUUGGGAAAUGUCCACCAAGCAGGCAGAAAAGUGAAAAUGUGGUGCUCUGCCCGAAACAUAUAGGAUUACAGGACGGAGCCCAAAGCUUGGGCACUGCAGCGACAGCUUUGACUCAUCCACCCACACCAAUUAUGAACUCAUUCUGAUAACCUCCCUCCUCUCUCAUUCAUACUAAAUGAACACUCCUGGUUGCAACUGUCACAACCACAUUAGGUACAAUGCAUGCUUGAAGUGUUAAAUUCAGAGUAAUUUGCAAUAACACUGCCUGCGUAACCUAUUAGUAAGUCAUCCUUGAUUGAUUGAACAAGUACAAAAACCAAGUAGGUAUUCGCACUUGCACUUUGCACAGUAAAUUUUGCCCUAUAUGUUGGGAUGCCUUUUUCUGGAAAGGCAUCCCAACAGACAUGCCAAAGACAUGCAUGUUCAGUUGAAUGGUAACUAAACUGGCCGUAGGGUAGAUAUGCGGUUGUCCCUCAGUGUUAACCAUGUGGUGGAUUUGGGACCAAUCACCUUUCACCCUAUAGUGGACAGGCAUUGGCUACACAACCCUGUUUUGAAUAUGGAUUUAAAAAUGGAUGGAAAUAAUUAUCAAAAAAAGAAAACCUUAAACUCCUUGUACUAAUUCAUUUCUGCUGUUGAGGGUACAGUUUGGAUUUGGCUUUAGACUAUUAACUGAAAAUACUUUCCCCAUUUGGCCCAGUAACAUACAAUGUUUAAGUAGUGUUUAAUAACAGCAGACAAGGGUUCUGCAAUAUCACCAUGAAGGUGGUACGAGGGUUUUAAUCCUAGUGUUUGUCAUUACAUUCAGUUGUUCUUUGCUAUUUUGUGGCUAACUAGACCUAAAGUGGCAGCUGGAAGGUGCUGCUGUAAUCUUCAUGUUUGUUGUGUGCUAUUGCUACAGCUGUACUGUGAAAGUUUAUGGCUGUAAUGCAGACUUGCAGUUAUUUGAAAGAUUCAAAGGUCCAUCUUUGAACAGCGUGAAAGCCGUAUUGGGGUACUUAUCCUGGAAGCUGUUUGGAAACACUCAAAACCAAACUGUGAAAGGCGGGCCAUAGUGGUGUCUGUGCUAAUUAGUUAAAGCCUUUGAUCUUGCAUGCUGCUUUUGAAUACAGCUAAAAGGUUUAGUGCAGUCUACCUUUAAUUAGGACUAUGAAAGUGUUGCUUACUGUAUGGAGGUUUGUUCUUAAUACACAAUGCCAUCACAGCUCAUCAGAUCCUUUUUGUGUCAGCCAGUUUUUAUUACUGAAUCUUAUGUGCCAAAAAUAGAAGUUAAAAGCUGUACUAUAUGUUUUUGCUGUGUGUAAACACUGAAAAUUCCUUCUAUGCAUUUAUCAUGACAUUGAAUAAAUCCUAUAACAACCAA